AUGGCGUUUUACUUGGAUGAAGAGGAAGUGUGGAAAUGUCCAAAUCAUCCGUCGAAGCGGCGGAGGACCGGUAUCUGCCCCACAUGCCUCCGUGAACGCCUCGUUACACUUUGCCCCGAAUGUGCCAAUACCCGUCCAUGCGCCUGUUGUCCAGCUCCAAUCGAUUCCACAUCGUCUUCUUCCUCGUCUUCCUCUUCGUUUUCGCGCUUCCAGUUUUCACGAGGCGGUAGCCUCCGCGACGGUUUCUUGUCGUCUGCCGCCGCAGGGGAAGUAGGCCGCGUGUCGAAUCUCAUUGAAAGCGAGCCUGCGUUCCGGAAGUCGAGAUCUCUGGCGAUUCCGUUUCUCCGAUCGAGAUCGAAGUACGCCGGCGCAGACCGUGAUCGACAGUUCGUCAAGGAAGACAAGAAGCCUCUGCCACGGGUAAGCCGGAGCAAAAUCAAUUUCUGGUCGGUGUUCAGGGUGAGUAAAACCAAAAAAUGCGAUGUACACGGUGAUGGACUGGAGGAGGAUUCAAAUAAAAGCGAUAUUUCUGCCGCAACCGAUGAUUAUUCAAGGAUGAUGAGAUCCAGAUCAGUAGCUGUUGGAGCCGGUGAAAGCUUCAGUUCGGUCGCCGCGAAGCGUCGGGGAUGGUAUUUUCCUAGUCCAAUGAAGGCUUUCCGGCAAUCAAAAACGUCUAAAGUACAAUUACACGAACGGUCGCCGAUGCAUAGAGGCUGACAAUCCGCUGCAAAGCACAAGGCAAUUACUUAAAUUCCACGCUUAUUUUAGCAUUUAUUGGGGUAUAUGGAAAAUAACAUGAGUGAGGAAAUGAACAGUUGGCAAUUUUCUUCACAUGAAACAGGGGGGAAAUCUAGGAUUGUAUAUGUUUUUAGAUUUUUAAAGAAUUAAUUUGAUGGGAAUGCAAUAAUGUUAACUUUGGGUUUGAUUGCUUAGGAAUAAAUAAAUUGGAAAGGGCAGCGAAAAGGUACUCUGUGUAACGUGGUUGUUACUUAUGCUAGUUGUAUGUUUUCACGGAUGGAAUCUUUGCACACUUUGGAAUAAUAGGUUAUUGAUCGAGGAAAAGUUUUUGCACGU